UUGGAAGCUGGCUGCACAGAUACAGGAGGCGAAGCUUGAGCGUACAGUCCGGGAGUGGAGCCGUUGGGGAAAGAAAAGCUGGCAACCGCAAGGGGACCUUUGCUUUUGGCAGCCGUGGAGAGGAGGAAGGAACAACACCGGCCAUGGCUUCAAAUUUUAACGAUAUAGUGAAACAGGGAUACGUGAAAAUCCGCAGCAGAAAGCUUGGGAUGUACAGACGAUGUUGGCUGGUAUUUAAGAAAGCCUCCAGCAAAGGUCCUAGAAGGUUAGAGAAAUUUCCUGAUGAAAAGGCAGCCUAUUUCCGGAACAUGCACAAGGUAACUGAGCUGCACAGCAUCAGGAACAUAAGCAGGUUGCCCCGAGAGACAAAGAAGCAUGCUGUGGCAAUUAUCUUUCAUGAUGAAACAUCAAAGACAUUUGCCUGUGAGUCAGAACUGGAAGCAGAGGAAUGGUGUAAGCUUCUUUCCGUUGAAUGCUUGGGAUCUAGGCUCAAUGAUAUCAGCUUUGGGGAGCCAGACCUACUAGCAGCUGGAGUUCAAAGAGAACAAAACGAGCGGUUUAAUGUUUACUUGAUGCCAACACCCAACUUGGACAUUUAUGGAGAAUGCACCAUGCAGAUCACACAUGAAAAUAUUUACCUCUGGGACAUCCACAACCCCAGAGUGAAACUGGUUAUGUGGCCACUCAGCUCUCUCAGACGUUAUGGAAGAGACUCAACUUGGUUCACAUUUGAGGCCGGCAGAAUGUGUGAUACAGGAGAGGGACUCUUCACAUUUCAGACACGGGAAGGAGAGAACAUCUACCAGAAGGUACAUUCAGCAACUCUGGCCAUAGCUGAACAGCAUGAACAACUAAUGCUGGAAAUGGAGAAAAAGACACGGCUGCAGUCCAGUCCCAGCGAGGAGAUGGCACUCAUGACAAUAACACUCCCUCGAAGUGCAUACUGGCAUCACAUCACGAGGCAGAGCAGUGUCAGUGAACUCAACAGCUUACAAGGAAAUGAUUUAAAUUUGACAAAGGUUCCUCGGGCACAGACCUUCCCUAGCUACAUCUCAGAACAGAGUCAUGAGCACCAAUAUUUAUUAUCUCCAUCAAGUGGCUAUGGAUCAAGCUACAGCUCUGGGCUGGCCCAGUGAUGUUCAUCAAACAAUGGGAAAAUGACUGUGAGCCAGGUCACACUGGUGCUGGGAGAACCCUGAAUAUACAACAGCGAGGGAGGGUGAGGACUAAAUACAGGUGAAACAAGACUCAGUCAGCUGUUACUGUACUCUAAGCAUUCAGGUGAUAAACUGAAGAUUCAUAGGCUUAAAAAGAAUUUGUUUUUUAUUAAUCGGCUCCCACCUGCUAAUACGUACUUACCUCCUUGAGAAGUGGUAUUUGAUUUGAAAAUAAAAAUACCAUAUAGAAUAUUUUUUAAAAUCCUAUUGCUGCAAACAAAGCUUCUGUGUGUGUGAGAAGCACACUUGUUUGGAUAAGUUUAGAAGUGGUUGAGUCAAAUAGUCUUUAUCUGCUACAGCUGUCUGUUACACAGAGGUCUGUUAAUAUAAUUCAGGUGUUUACUUUCAGAUUUGGCCAAGCAAUUGCACAUAUUUAUCAAAUUACCUUUGUAAGAAAUAACAAAUGCCCUGGAUUGCUCUAUUUCACCUGUGAUCAGCUCACAGGUUUAUUUGAGGCCAUUUUCUUUGUUUAUCGAGUUGAGUAUUCUUUGUGGAAUAAGGGCUCAAUUGUUUCUCAUUGGCAGAAUCUUUUCAGUGCCUGGGUAGGGAGAGAAGCAAGGGGUUCCCAUGGAUAGUCAGUUUUUGUAAGAGGACCAUCCAGGUGGUGUACUGCUUGAACAGUCCAACAUGGGAAACAAGAGAAAUGAAUGACUCGCUCAAUCACCUAACGACAGUAGAAAUUGCAGAAUAAGGAAAACAAAAUAGAAACUGUCUCUGCUGGCAUAUUGAACAAGUUCUGCUCAAUUCUCCAUAAAACAAGUUAGUAGCCAGGUACUAAUGUCAUCUUAGAGGAAACACUCAAAAGUACAUUGCGUAACUGUACCUUCUACCCCAUUGUACCUGUGAAGUGCUAUCUGGCUUAUUGAAAAACAGAUGCAAUCUGAAAAACAUAGACUGUUUUGCUGGCCUUUCCCUGCACAUGGAAGGGCCAUGUUAAGUUCUGUUGACCUUUCAGUGGCAAUUGAUUGUCAACCAAGAGCACAAGGUGGAUUUUUAGUUGCUCCAACUUUAAAGCUCCAUCAGGCUUAAAAUUUGAGGCUUGAGGAAACUGGAGUUAAAUUGAUCCUCCCCGGGAACAGGUGAAUUGCAUCUGUGAUCACUACAAGAAAUGCAGAAAAUUCUGGAAGCACUCCACAGCUCAAAAUUUAUUGAUAGAUAUGCCCGUUUCGAUAAAGGGUCCACAUCUAAAUGCUAGUUUGUCGGUCUCACUUCCAGCAAUUUCUGCUUUUCUUCCCGCAUCUGCAUAAUUUUGUGGAUAGUCAUCAUUAAUAUUUACAGUGAUUGGACAUGCAUUAUUCUUUAUAUAUCCUGCAUAUGCAAGUUGAUUUUUGUUUAAAGGAAUACAGACGGCUGCAUCCAAGUUACUCAAGUGAAACCAAAUUUCAGGAUUUCUGGGACAACCUGAAAGAGACAAAUUCAGGUGAUGUAUGAAAUAUGCAAGCCAAUCCUCUUUGCAAAUUAAGCCACACAACAAUAGUUUAAAUAUUAAUUUAAACUGGGAAAGUUGGCAUUAGACAAUCAAACUGUGAAUCAAGACAUUGUAUGAAGAAACUUUUCUUUGCCAAACAUAAUCUCCUGAAUCUCUGAAGUGUAAUCUUGCAAUGGCAUCCCACAAACUAACCUGCCCAACUGGUAAACUUAUCCUUAGCAUGUGGUUGUAUUGUUAUUGUUAUUGCUAUUUUGGAAAUUUGUGUUUUUAUUACAAUACUCAUUCCUGUGAGUGUGUAGUAAGACAAAAUGAAGUUAUUGAGAAAAACUCCAUCCCAGAGUUGGACUGCACAUGCUAUGAUGUGGGGUUUUGGACAGAAUCAGCUUUCUAAGGGGCCUGCCUGUCUGGUAAAAUGAAUUGCAACACAUCUUACCUAACAAAUUAGGAUCUAUGUAAUCAAGAUGAUCUUUUUUGUUGUAAAUAAAUACUGUUUGUAAGAGGAGGAUGAGCAGACACUACAAAGGCCUAUGAUUAUGAUGAAGGGAUCUUGAUUAUCAGCAUGAAAUUAAGUUGCAGUACAUGUAGCAGUGCUAGAAUUUCAGUUCCGCCUUUGGAAUGAGCAUCCUACCAGAAAGAACAACACAACAUCCAGAUACGUUCAGGUGUUUGUGUGGUGGAGGAAGACUGACGGAACCUUGAUUAUGUCUUGAAAAAUGAUCAAGAGCCCUAUUCUAGGCAUACUUGGACCAAGCAACUAAAAUCAUUCAAGAUUGUCUAGUUAGGACCAGGAAUUAAGUACAAUAAAAUGUUAUGUCAAAAUGCAAGGAUGCUGUUGUUAAAACCAGUAUUCUGGCUAUGAUAAAAAUGAAUAUCAAAGCUACUAAAUAGAGAUACUUAG